AUGUCUGGGGAAGUGAUAAUAAAGUGGAGCUCAAAAGAGAUGAUGUUCAAAAUAAAUGACAGCGAAACGGUGGGAUGCUUGAAAAGGAAGAUCGAGGAGGAGACAAGGGUGCAACCAAAAAGACAAAAACUAUUAGGUCUCAAAGCAAAGGGGGGAAAACUUGCAACCGAUGACAUGAUGCUCACAGACCUGGCUUUGAAGCCGGGACAGAAGAUCAUGUUGAUCGGGCACGUGACAAACGAGCUGGACGCUCAAGCCGAUGUCGCCCCACAUGUCCAGGAUGACUUUGAUUUGGAGGAAGGGGUGCUGCAAGAGCUCGAUGUGAAGGACAAUCCUGAUUUCCAGGAAAAGCUGCAUAGGCGGAUAGCAAAUGCACCAAUCAAGGUGCUAAACCCACCGCGGCCUGGCAAGAAAUGCUUAGUAUUGGACAUUGACUACACGAUCUUUGACCUGAAUUCCACGGCAGAGAGGCCAGAGGAGCUCGCGAGGCCGCAUCUGCAUGAGUUCAUGACAGCAGUGUACGAGCACUAUGACCUGAUCAUCUGGAGUGCGACGGGCAUGAAGUGGAUUGAGGUGAAGAUGCGGGAGCUUGGGGUGUCUACCAACCCUGCCUACAAGCUCACAGCCUUCAUGGACCACAAGAGCAUGGUCACCAUCCAGACAGCCAAAUACGGAGUCUUUGACUGCAAACCUCUGCCUGUGCUGUGGGCAAAGAUGCCAGAGUACACGCCUGAGAACACCAUUAUGUUCGACGACCUCCGCAGAAAUUAUGCCUUCAACCCACAGAAUGGUCUGGUCAUCAGGCCGUACAAGAGGGCGCACUUGAAUCGCAGCACUGAUCGGGAGCUGGUGUAUCUAAAGAUCUAUCUUCUGAAAAUUGCCAGCCUGGAGAGCUUGGCGUCACUGAAACACAAGAAAUGGGAGCGGUACAUUGCCAAUGAAUUGAAGAGCAUGGACUGA